AUGUCGACACCCUUUCAACUCCAGUCUUUAUACUCAAAAGUACUCGCAGGUGCAAUUGAUUUUUUGAAAAGUAUGGACACGACAUAUGCAUCACUCUAUGACACUUUUUCGACUCAACUUUCAGACGUCAUCGACAGCGACUUCUUUCACAAACUCUUUUCAUAUUACUUAGAAGGAUAUCCAAACUUAUCUCCCGACCUCCAGGCGAUAUAUUUCCGUGCAUCUUGUGUUGAGAUGGCCACUCGUCUUCGUAUACUAAUGGAGUCUAAAAUAUACAAUGAAAACCCUAACAAGCCGAAGUUACAUUGUCCUCUCUUUGUUAUAAGUUUCCCACGUUCCGGGUCGACUUUUCUUCACAAUUUACUUCUUGCAGAUCCAACAUCAAAAGGUAUGAAAUUUUAUCAAGUGUUGGCUCCUGGUGGACAGACAACAAGUUUAGAUGGGCGUUACAAAUACGUCGCAACAACUAUAUUUCAGAUGACGAGUGUUAAUAGCGACUUUUCUAAUCUCCACAAAAUGGCGAUUAACACUCCAGAGGAAGAGACUUUUAUGUUAGACGCUUUAGGACUGUCGUUCAUUCGUCUGUGCUCUAUGUCUCGACUUAACCAACUCCGUGAACACUUCGACGAAAUUGAUUGGUCGUAUGGCUAUACUCUUUUGAAGGAUAUGAUGUGUGCAACGGCUAUUGAAGACAAUGUCCCAAGUGAGAGCCACUUCUGUAUGAAGUCUGUCCAACACUUCGUCUAUAUGAAGGAAUUGCUCACUACUUUCCCCAAUGGAAAGUUCCUUUGGAUACACCGGAACCCUAGAGAUUCAUUCAAGUCACUUCUCCCAGUUUUUAACCAAGUCAGAAUGACUUUCAUGGAGAGCAACACUCAAGAGGCGCUACUAGAAUUCAAUAAAACGGUGUUAACUUGUCUGAGUAAAUAUUUAAGAAGAGCUUUAGAAGUGAGGAAGACAUUCUGUGAACAACACAUCGUCGACCGAAACGCAAUUCGUCGAUAUGUCAUUUACAAGAAGCUUGAGAUGGAAAUGACUCCCAAAAUGGAAGAAAACAUGAAAAUUCUGCUUCAAGAUGAUUCAAAAAAGAAACACGGCACUUCACAAAAUUCAGAGAGUCUCUGUUUACUCUCGGAUGCAGAAAUAGACUCCGCUUUUAUAUUCUACACAACACAGUUCAGAGCCUAUCUUGAGUAA